CCACAGUUGUUUAUUGAUAGUAGCGUAGCUCCGAAUAUACAGCAAACGAUUGAUCCAUUAAUGAAUUAUAAUUUUCCACCUGAUCAUGAGAACGAGGGCCCUUCAUCCUCGACGGGGAAAAAAGGACAGAGCAGGAAUUUCAAGGGAAUACGCCCUCCAGAAAAUAGAGAGCAGGAAAUGGAUUAAACUCACUGAUGAUAAGCUUCAGUUUGCUGAUCCAAACAUCCCUCGGGCUAUCACUUCACUGUGGAAGCUCAGUACAAGGGGAGCAAAGAAUAGGAGCUCUGGGGAAAGGGUGACUCACACCACUGGAUCCGUUAGCUUUGGCAUCCAUGAGAUGCGGAUGACUGAGUCUAGAGGUGGUGUGCAACCUCCCCAUCAAGAGAAAUUCAAGGAGACACACACCUUCAGAAAAAAGGCGGGAAAAGAUCAAGAGCCAUCGUGGAUCAAUGAAAAAGCAAAGUAUCGAUAUGAUACUUAUGUUGUGGAGUGCACAGAUAGUCAUGGCUCUUAUGGUAGUUCGUGGCCAUGCAUGGAUAACAAGGCAUGGGUUAAGGCUGUUGGAGGUUGCUCAUCUAAUUUCAUGCCAGAGAUUGGCUCCCAAGUAAAUCCAGAAAUGGCAAAAGAUCAUGAGGAGUUAGAAAGACAACGCCAACAAAUUGCUUUGAUGCAACAGCAGCUGGCCAAUAUGACAAAAGCUCAAAAUAAUAUGAGCCAGACAAUCGCACAGUCUAUUGCAGCAGCUCUAGCCGCUCAUGGCAUCUCUCCUCAAGCAAGUCAUCAUCCAGGUCAUCAUCUAGUUGCCCCACCACAGCCGUCACAUGGUCCUGGCUCAAGUCUUCGCAUGAAUUCAGCUUUCACCUACUCCACUGAUUCUACACAAACCUCUCCUAUGGUCCCUGAAUAUCAACAGCAGCGGCAGUUUUCGCCUCAAGAUGAUGAUGUAUACCAUCCUACUUUUGAUCCAGACUAUCAAGGUCCUUAGUUUUUUUACUUUUCUGCUACGCACAUUAUCUACAUACUUUGCAUGGUUGGCUUUAUUUCUAUUAGUACUUUAAACUGUUAGCUUUAGCUUUUAUUACGUUAUAUUUUCUUAUUUUGCUUGACCUCUAGUGAUCAUACUUCAAAAGGUAUGAAGUUUUGGACUACUUUGGAGGUUAAUUAUUAUUAACUAAAUAUCGUGGGUAUUU